UUCCACCUUGAACGAUCUGCCGCGUGUUGUGCUCCUAUAAAAUCAGCAAAUAUGGCCGUGCGUCCAGCGUAUAAGCCGAAAAUCGUCAAGAAGCGGACGAAGAAGUUCAUUCGCCACCAAUCGGACCGAUAUGUGAAACUAGCCCCCAACUGGCGUCGGCCGAAAGGUAUUGACAAUCGAGUGCGCCGUCGCUUUAAGGGACAGUACUUGAUGCCAAACAUCGGCUACGGCUCGAACAAGCGCACCCGCCAUAUGCUGCCGAAUGGAUUCAAGAAGUUCCUGGUACAUAACGUCCGCGAACUGGAAGUAUUGAUGAUGCAGAAUCGCGUGUACUGCGCCGAGAUCGCACACGCUGUAUCAUCCAAGAAGCGCAAGGCGAUCGUCGAGCGGGCCAAGCAGCUAGCCAUCGCGGUCACGAACCCCAACGGCAGACUGCGCGCCCAGGAGAUGGAGUAAGCGUACACUGUUACGCUCUUGGCGUUAAACACAUGAUUUUGUCACUCAUUUCGUUUGGCGAAAUUUUGUUCUGUGGAGCAAAAGGAUUCGAUUUGGUAAUAAUAAGAAAUAUUACA